AUGACAGCUCUCUAUGACAAAUAUGGUCAACCUCAUCAACUUGCCCUAAAGAAGAUAUCCAGCGUCCUGGAUGGCCCAGAGGUCAGGCGGGGUGAUCCAAUGGCGUUCCAGAAAUUUGCCCUUCAAGUUCAAUCACUGGUGGGUCUCCUCCAGACCUUGGGCCACGAAGGAGAAAUUGAACUAAGUUGUGGCUCUCACGUAGCUCGCCUACUGAGUAAGCUUCCUCCUGAACAGCGGGCCGAUUUUCGCCGUUCCCAGCCCACUCGAUCUGGAGCCACAUCCACCUUGAGGGACCUGUCAGAGUGGCUUCGCCACGAGUCAUGGUGUCAAGACUUUGACAAUUCUACCAGUAGCCGGAGCUCCAAGGAGAAGCAGAGCACUAAAGGGAACAAUCGUCCUGUGGCUAAGCAAACAGCAGUCCUGCAUAGUAGCCAGGAGCCCUCAGUGAAACUAGUUAAAGAGAAACCUGUCAAAGGGAAAGACAAGUCUAAGGUAUACUGUGCCUAUUGUGAGAGUACAGACCACUACCUCAGCCAGUGUAGUGGUGUAGCCCAGCUCACCAAAGACGAGCUGAAAGCGUGGAUCCAGGAGCACAAGCGGUGUUGGCGCUGUGCCCGUCAACACUUCGCCGCCCAGUGCAACCUCAAGAAACCCUGUAACCUUUGUCAAGGCAAGCACCUUCUCGCUCUCCACGAGAUUAACAUAAGACCUGAGAAAGUUAAGGAUGACUCACCUCCAAAGGCUGAAAGCUGCCUGACUACCUGUGCCUCCGAGUCCUUCUACCUUGACCGACCACAUGUGGGGAACCGAGUCAUGCGGAAGGUGAUGCGAGUACACGUGCACUAUGGUAGUCAGAAGUUAGACACCUUUGCUAUACUGGAUGAUGGGUCUGAGAGGACCAUGCUGCUCCCCACCGCCGCUAAGGCACUAGCCCUUAACGGCGCUCCCGAAGACCUCCCACUGCGCACAGUGCGCUCGGACAUCCAAGUCUUGCAUGGCCAUACAGUGUCAUUCCGGGUCUCCUCUCCCACCAACCCUAAUAUUAUGUUUGAGAUCACUGAUGCCUUUACAGCCAGCCAUCUUAAUCUAGCCCCACAUAGCUACCCAGUUAGCCACCUACAGAGGAAGUUCAAGCACCUGCGUGGAAUCCCUAUUCCUACCUUCCGAGAAGUAAAGCCCUUGCUUCUCAUAGGUUCAGACCAGCCCCACCUCGUAACCCCCAUCGAGCCUGUCAGGCUUGGUCCUCAUGGUAGCCCAGCAGCUGUCCAGACUAGACUGGGGUGGACCUUGCAGGGCCCGUGUCAGUCGACGGGGCGGCCAGCUCACCCAGCUCAAUGCCUGUUCAUCUCUGUUCCAUCACCCAUGGAUGAUCUCUACAGGCAUGUGGAGAGGCUCUGGCAAGUGGAUACAGUCCCCUACAGGCCAGAGAGGGAAGUGACACGAUCCAAGCAGGAUCAGCAAGCCAUAGCCCUGCUGGAGACGAAGACAGUACGUACCGAGGUGAGUGGCAUCCUUAGAUACGCUACUCCCCUGUUACGCCAUGCGGCUAUGCCCCUAUUGCAAGCACCUAAAGAAUCAGUUAUGGCCCUGCUGCGCAGCACUGAAAGACGCCUCCUUAAGAACCCUGAGCAGGGACAAGCAUACCAAGCAGAGAUGCGGAAACUCAUCGAGUCAGGCGCAGUGCAGGAAGUUAGCGAGGACACCUCAUCAACGGAGAGCUGGUUUAUCCCCCAUCACCUCGUGACCCAUAACGGGAAGAACCGCCUCGUCUUUAACUGUUCUCACCAAUUUUUGGGCCAGUCCCUUAAUCAGUUCCUCCUACCAGGCCCAACUCUAGGUGCCUCACUGCUAGCGGUCCUAUUGAGGUUCCGAGAAGGUCCCAUUGCAGUUAGUGGGGACAUUAAAGGGAUGUUCCACCAGGUCCGUCUCCUCCCUGAGGAUCGCCCCCUUCUGAGAUUCUUAUGGAGAGACCUAAAGGUAGAACAACCACCCAAGAUCUUUGAAUGGCAGGUCCUCCCCUUUGGGACCACCUGUAGCCCAUGUUGUGCGACAUACGCCCUGCAAAGCCAUGUCAAGGAUCCCAGUAAGUCAAACGAUGACAUGAGGUUCUCCGUGGAGCACUGUUUCUAUGUCGAUAACUACCUGCAGAGUGUGGCUACACCCAGCGAAGCAAAGGGUCGGGUGGACCGGCUCAGGGAGCUCCUCGCCUCGGGCGGCUUCGAAUUGCGACAGUGGGCUUGCAACGACCCAAAUGUUCUCAGCCACCUACCUUCAGAGCUCAGAUCCACCAGUCUAGACCUGUGGCUAGCCCAAGAUAAGUCCAACCCGUUUGAGUCGACCCUGGGGUACGUAUUGAAUGCACCCCGCUUCAGUGGCAGAACGCGGAUGAAUUUAAAGACAUCAAAUGAGAAUAAUCCUUUAUAAAAAUUAAAAUUGACUGACGCAAACGUGAGUUCUUCAUGUUUUUAUUGAAAACAACAUAGUGCUGACGCCGUACGACGCCGUACGACAUCGGUUUUUCGCUAUAAUUCGGUAUAAUUCGAGGUAGUCCACACUCACCCAAAGUUAAGGUUUCAUGGGAAUAUUAUUGUCAUAAUUGUCUGGACCAUAUAUGAUAAUUGUUUAAUGGUAGUUAUUGAUAGAUCUUGAAGAUGUCAAGUUAUAGGUGCAUAUAGCACGUUCAUUGUAAGAGGGGAAGAGAUGUUGUGUAUUUUGGGCUAACUCAAAUUCCGUAGUAGAAAAACUUCCGGGGGGAAGUGGGAUGGGCGCAUUCUGUGUUGUUGUGGUACGCCCUGUGAACGCACUGUGAGUAAGGAAUAAAGCAGUUAUCAUUCACGUCGUUGUCCGACCUAUUCUUGCUAUCUAAGAACCUGGAAAAUAGUAAGGAUAUAACAUAUAUCACGGGUCAUUACGACGGGUUUGGUGGAGUUUUUACUGCUUCUUCCAACUCCUACCGCGCUGACUGUAACCUGACACUCUCUGGCUGCAUCUUGCCUCUUUUUUUCUAUUGUCGGACUCGGUGGACUCGGUCAAAAUCAGCACUGAGUCCGAGUCCGGCAAAAAUGACCGAGUCCGACCGAGUCCGAGUCCCCGAGUCCGAACCAAGUCCAGAGCCCUGGUCUUGACAUAUGAAGGGAUUGAAAAUAAAGCAGACUUUGACUUUGACUUGACUUUAUAUGACAAUAUGUAUAUGUGUUGUUAUAUGAGUUGGUGUCCCCAAAAUUAACAAAUGUCGGCAUAACAUUUUUUUUUUCAACCUUUGAUUCAAACACAAACACAUUUAAUAUAAUAACAUCAUCAACGACAAGCCAACAAAUCCAAAAUCAAAACAUCAAUGUCGGCAUAAAGUGUGUCGGCUGGCAAUGGUUUACCGACAAUGCUGUCUGUCACUCACUCGUGAAUCUUCGCGAACAACCAAUCAGCAGCGCCAGCGAGCGAUAGAUGGAAAAGGGACUUUACGAGUCAGUGACGUAAUUUGCCGUUCACGAACGAGUCAGUGACGCAACUUCCCGUUCACGAGCGGGUGAGAGACUGUUGCCAACGGAUGAGUGUUAGGUUGCGGGCCGAAGCUCGCUAGAGGCUUUCGUUAGUGAAAUGAUUGAUCUAGUUCUAGGGAGGAUGUGAUAUUUUAAUAUGACCUACAUAUAUUUUAUACUACCACAUCUCUGAUUGUUGGGAGCUGUUUUUUGGUCAUCGUUUUAUGAAAAUCAAUGUUUGAUUGCGAAACGCAAAAGGCACUGCUGCAAAGGGGUCCUUUGCUGCAGAACCAAUCAAAACUUGUAACGUCACGUGACUUGAUGUCUCCCAAUGGCAUUCCUCCAACUCAGGAACUAGGAAGUAAAUAUUGCCACGGAUCUAUAUACAACAAUGGAGUUUGUUUGCACUUGAUGCUCAACCUUGGACGACACUACAGAUAUCUUCUAGGCCUAAUCUAACCUAGCCUGAGGGGUCUAUCGUAAUCUUGCAAGAUCAAAGAUUGAUCUGGACACCCCUGCACUGUAGUUACACAUCACAAAAGCAGCAUUUUGUUGAUUCCUGUCUAUUCCAGACUAGAUCUGACCUUGACUCAUACAUGCUGUCCAUGUUACAGGAUUAAAAUGCUGUGUCCAUUUUACAGGAUUAAUACACAUCUCUCACACCCAUAUUCAUAGCUUUCUCUUUAAGAGAAAACCCAGAGCAAAUUUCACGGCCAGUCCAGUAAAAUAAAAAAGAGUAAUCAUGUGCCAUAUGUUUAAAGUAAAGUGCCUCAUCAAAGACUCCUAUCAUCCCAAGUGUUAGAUUUGUUCAUUUAAGAAAAAGCCACACACGUUUUGUGAUCAAAUCUUUCUGUACAAAAGGCUGUAACAUCGUUUGCAUGUUGUGUUGUUCUGUGUGCAUGUUCGUGUUGGCAGCGGCUCUGCCUUGUGUUCCCGCUCCGCAUGUCACGUGAUUACAUGGGGUGACGCGGCGUUCUCUGCGCAUGAGCAGGGCACUCCGGAAGAGAGCAGUUCGCGGUAUGGUGGUGUAGAAGUUCUCUAGUUAUAGUUGAAGCAAGUAAAGCCGAGUUCAUGACCAAAAGGUAAGCCCUAGAUCUUUGUUGUCGUAUAAUAAGUAUAUUUGUUUGUAUUUGUUGCCAUCGUGUCAGUUCGGGUCCUUGUAUGGCACUCUGAGCGGAUUCGCGGACGAGAGACACUUUCCUGUUGCCGCCAUUCCUGUUCCUCAUUUCUAUCACUAGAGGUCUCCCCAGACCAUCCGAUUGCCCACAUUACGAUGAGUGUCAUUGAGAUAAGCAUAAUGCGGCCACUUGUAGCGUUAGAAUUCAACUAUGUACGUUGGCAACGACUUUAUUAUACUGUAUUUCCUUUAGGGUCAUUUAAAGCAUGUUUGCGCCAUAUUUGAAAUAUUUAGUUUGGGAUUGUUUCUACCUUUAUUCUUAUUAUUUGUUAUUGCAGACUCUGCAAUUCUAUCAAUCUACAAUUUCCAAUUCUAUUAUGACCUUCAAUCCUGCAACCCAAUAAACCUGUCCGUCCAUCCAUCUACCUUUUGGCCAUUCCCUGUGUCCAGCGUCCUUUGCGGCCUCCUGUAUUCUGACCGAUACACCAUCUUGUACACUAUAUACACCCAAGAUCUAGCGUAUUAUCCUCCCCAACAUUGUGCGUAUUACCCUCCCUAACACUUUCAUAACGAGAAUGACUUGAGUGAAUUGAUUUUACAAUUUUUAUCCCCCCUCCCCACCAUCUGGCACUUUGCUUGGGACAAAAGGAGCCUUCAGAACUGAAAUUUCGUCUCAAUUAUUCAUUCAAAUCAAUUCACUCAAAUCAUUCUCGUUAUGAAAGAUUUGAUCACAAAACGUUUCCGUCUGUACGACUGUUUUUUGAAUGCACCCCGCUUCAGUGGCAGAACGCGGAUGAAUUUAAAGACAUCAAAUGAGAAUAAUCCUUUAUAAAAAUUAAAAUUGACUGACGCAAACGUGAGUUCUUCAUGUUUUUAUUGAAAACAACAUAGUGCUGACGCCGUACGACGCCGUACGACAUCGGUUUUUCGCUAUAAUUCGGUAUAAUUCGAGGUAGUCCACACUCACCCAAAGUUAAGGUUUCAUGGGAAUAUUAUUGUCAUAAUUGUCUGGACCAUAUAUGAUAAUUGUUUAAUGGUAGUUAUUGAUAGAUCUUGAAGAUGUCAAGUUAUAGGUGCAUAUAGCACGUUCAUUGUAAGAGGGGAAGAGAUGUUGUGUAUUUUGGGCUAACUCAAAUUCCGUAGUAGAAAAACUUCCGGGGGGAAGUGGGAUGGGCGCAUUCUGUGUUGUUGUGGUACGCCCUGUGAACGCACUGUGAGUAAGGAAUAAAGCAGUUAUCAUUCACGUCGUUGUCCGACCUAUUCUUGCUAUCUAAGAACCUGGAAAAUAGUAAGGAUAUAACAUAUAUCACGGGUCAUUACGACGGGUUUGGUGGAGUUUUUACUGCUUCUUCCAACUCCUACCGCGCUGACUGUAACCUGACACUCUCUGGCUGCAUCUUGCCUCUUUUUUUCUAUUGUCGGACUCGGUGGACUCGGUCAAAAUCAGCACUGAGUCCGAGUCCGGCAAAAAUGACCGAGUCCGACCGAGUCCGAGUCCCCGAGUCCGAACCAAGUCCAGAGCCCUGGUCUUGACAUAUGAAGGGAUUGAAAAUAAAGCAGACUUUGACUUUGACUUGACUUUAUAUGACAAUAUGUAUAUGUGUUGUUAUAUGAGUUGGUGUCCCCAAAAUUAACAAAUGUCGGCAUAACAUUUUUUUUUUCAACCUUUGAUUCAAACCCAAACACAUUUAAUAUAAUAACAUCAUCAACGACAAGCCAACAAAUCCAAAAUCAAAACAUCAAUGUCGGCAUAAAGUGUGUCGGCUGGCAAUGGUUUACCGACAAUGCUGUCUGUCACUCACUCGUGAAUCUUCGCGAACAACCAAUCAGCAGCGCCAGCGAGCGAUAGAUGGAAAAGGGACUUUACGAGUCAGUGACGUAAUUUGCCGUUCACGAACGAGUCAGUGACGCAACUUCCCGUUCACGAGCGGGUGAGAGACUGUUGCCAACGGAUGAGUGUUAGGUUGCGGGCCGAAGCUCGCUAGAGGCUUUCGUUAGUGAAAUGAUUGAUCUAGUUCUAGGGAGGAUGUGAUAUUUUAAUAUGACCUACAUAUAUUUUAUACUACCACAUCUCUGAUUGUUGGGAGCUGUUUUUUGGUCAUCGUUUUAUGAAAAUCAAUGUUUGAUUGCGAAACGCAAAAGGCACUGCUGCAAAGGGGUCCUUUGCUGCAGAACCAAUCAAAACUUGUAACGUCACGUGACUUGAUGUCUCCCAAUGGCAUUCCUCCAACUCAGGAACUAGGAAGUAAAUAUUGCCACGGAUCUAUAUACAACAAUGGAGUUUGUUUGCACUUGAUGCUCAACCUUGGACGACACUACAGAUAUCUUCUAGGCCUAAUCUAACCUAGCCUGAGGGGUCUAUCGUAAUCUUGCAAGAUCAAAGAUUGAUCUGGACACCCCUGCACUGUAGUUACACAUCACAAAAGCAGCAUUUUGUUGAUUCCUGUCUAUUCCAGACUAGAUCUGACCUUGACUCAUACAUGCUGUCCAUGUUACAGGAUUAAAAUGCUGUGUCCAUUUUACAGGAUUAAUACACAUCUCUCACACCCAUAUUCAUAGCUUUCUCUUUAAGAGAAAACCCAGAGCAAAUUUCACGGCCAGUCCAGUAAAAUAAAAAAGAGUAAUCAUGUGCCAUAUGUUUAAAGUAAAGUGCCUCAUCAAAGACUCCUAUCAUCCCAAGUGUUAGAUUUGUUCCCAGUUCUUUAUCUUUAAUGCUCGCUAUGCUAACAGUAAUUACCAAGAGGCAGCCUUCACAGUUUAACUAUUUAAUGUAUGCCAGAAUUCGGAGUGGAGCCCCGAAGACGGUUGGAUAGUCGACGUCGACAUCUCUCCGGCAGCUCCUGCAGCUAAACCAGCUCCAAAUGUAAUGCAUAGCGUUCCCUUGGAUCAAGUUGGUGCAGCCGAGAGUGGAGUCAUGUUUAAUGGGCAACGCAUGAUCUUCAAAAGUUCUGCCCUGUCUAGCGCCCUGGAGAGGAUACUCCAGCCUCGCCGUCUGGUGAGAGCACAACACGGAGGACAGCAGUUUACGAGUUAGAAGUCCAUGCUCAGUUAAUGCAGAGUCGGACGCUACGGGUUGUCCUCGACGGUGGGAGAGACCAUCGAAGUCUCACUGGUCAGCUAUCGCCCGCCUAAAGCCGGGCAGCCCCCGGUCAGUAAGGUGCUGACUCAUCACGGUCUACCUGCUUCAGAGGGUACCUGGAGCUAACAGUUAAGGCUCGACAAGUAGAUCGUUAACUUUGUACCUGCGAACAAGAUAAAAACAGGAUCUUACCAGCUCUCAAGCUGGGUACCUGGAAUGUACGGACUAUGAAACCCGGUCUGACUGAAGAUCUUCAAGCAGUAAAAGACACUCGAAAGACGGCGGUGAUUGAUCGCGAACUGUACAGGCUGAAUAUAGACAUCGCUGCUUUACAGGAAACACGACUGUCUGGAAGUGGAUCAUUGAAAGAAAAGCACUAUACCUUUUUCUGGCAAGGAAAAAAUGAUGAUCAACCAAAGGAACAUGGAGUGGGCUUCGCCGUGAAGAAUCACUUAAUCGAAAUGAUCAAACCUCCUACCAAUGGCACAGAAAGAACUCUCAAAAUGCGUCUUUACAACCAAAGGUCCAGCUAACAUCAUCUGUGUUUACGCCCCAACGCGACACGCUGCAGCAGAAACAAAAGACAGUUUCUAUGAAUCUUUAGAUUCCAUCCUGAGUGCAAACCCUGUAUCUGAGCACCUUUAUGUCCAAGGUGACUUCAAUGCGAGGGUGGGUGCGGACCAGGUGUCAUGGCCGGAAGUAUUAGGAUCUCACGGCGUUGGAAAGAUGAAUGAAAAUUGUCAAAGACUUCUAGAACUAUGCUCUGUUCGCAACUUGUGCGUGACCAACAUCUACUUUCAAAACAAGGCAUGUCGCAAAGUGUCUUGGAGACAUCCGAGAUCAAAACACUGGCAUCAACUUGACCUUGUAGUCACUCGACGUAACUCUUUCAAUAGCGUCUGCAACACGAGAGCUUACCACAGCGCCGACUGCGACACUGACCACUCAUUGAUUGUGAGCAAAUUGAAUCUUAAGCUCAAGAGGUUUUAUCAUUCGAAGUCGAAGUGUCAGCCACACAUCAAUAUCGGCAAGACAAGCUGUGUAAACAAGAACGCCGAGUUUAUUGCAAGACUGGAAAGCACGCUGUCAAAUGAUAGUCGAGAGUGUGCUGAAGACAGGUGGAAGUUUAUCCGCACUACCAUUCAGACAGAAGCAACUCUGACCUACGGUAAGAAGGAAUGCAAUAACAGACUGGAUUGAGGCGAACAUUGCCGAAAUGGAGUCAGUCCUUGAUUCAAGAUUCAAGAGUUUUUUAUUCGCCAUGUUUGAGCGUGCCAAACAAGGAAUUUGACUUUGGUAAAACACACCCUCUGUUCAACAUUUAGGUGACUAACAACACUCAGGACAUGUGAAAAAUGGCAAAAACAGUGUAGACAAAAUCAAAAAAGGUGUGAAGAGCAGGAUGUUAUUGCUCAGUAAUGACUCUGAGACUCUAAGAGUGGUGUGAGUUCAUCAGAGUCUUGGAUAGAUGGGAGGUUGAUUCCAAUGAUCUUUUCUGCAGUCCUGAUUGUCCGUUGAUGUCAAACGCAAAGCAUUCUGCAAGUACAAGCAGCACCCAUCUACAAAAAACUUGCAGGAACUGAAGUCUGCACGGGGUAACGUCCAGAGAACAGCCUGCCGCUGCGCGAACGCCUACUGGCUCCAGCUGUCAGAAGGCAUUCAACAUGCCUGAACUAAUGGCAACUUCAGGGCAAUGUACAAAAAAGCAUCAAACAAGCUACUGGAAAAUUAGUGAAGAAAUAUGCGGCCAUAAAAUCCAAGACUGGUGAAGUCAUCAUUGACAAAAGCAAACAGCUAGCGAGAUGGGUAGCAUACUACCUCGACUUGUAUCCCAAUCCAUCGCCAGUUUCGCAAGACGCAAUCAGUAUGUUAGAAGACUUUCCUGUGAUGGACGAGUUAGACUAUGUACCAACCUUAGAUGAGCUCAGCAAGGCCAUUGAUGCUGUAGCACAGGGGUGGCCAACCCUCGGCUCGCGAGCCGCAUGCGGUGUUAGGGUUUGCAGAAUAUCUUCAUUGUAUGAUUAUGUUGGAAUGUAACCUGUAAUAAUUUAACCAGCUUGUCCUGUCUUAACAAAAGUAGUAGACCAAAGUGCUAAGAUCUUUUCAACUGAUUGACUAGACGCAGAGGAAGCAAUCAAAGUUGCUUUGUUUACAGAAAGUCGUAAAAGGCCCCCUGCGAUGCUUUGAUCAGCAGGGGAGCGGCGUCACCCUAUCCUGUGUGUUCCCACACCCCUACUUUCAACCCCACUCUGUUUCUCAAUAAAUAUGCACCUGAAAAGGCCUGAGUCAGACUUCAUUCGACCAUCGCUGUAAGCACAGCGACGAGUGAACUCUCCGCCUGCAGGUGUCUAAAACGACUAACUUGUCUCCAGUGUGGUCCUUGCAAAAUAAGUUAGAGUGAGCACCACCCUAACAUGCGGCUCCUUGCCGGGUUUCAUGCGGCUCCUUUACAUUCAUAUCAACAUUUGUGGGUUUAUUUGUUUGUUUGUUUGUUUUUGUGCGUGUUCGCGUCGCUUGAGUCCAAUAUGGUAUUUUCGUCAAACGCUGCGUGUUCGCUUCGCUUGAGUUCAAUAGGGUAUUUUCGUCAAACGCGCAUGCACAUGAGGUGAAAUCCAGCAAAGGAGGAGGGGCAAACCCAUUCGAGGAAACAAAUAGUGUCAAUUUUGCUCUCAAAAUGGUAGGGAGAAAAUACACAGCUAAACAAAAAUAUGAAGACAAAAACAUAACGCGUCAAAUCUUCAGCGCCACUUCAGCUCACUUGAUGCUUUUCUGGUGAGGAGUCCAUUUCUGUCAUUAUCAUGUUUCUGCGUGACAUGAUAAUGUCACACAAUAAAUUUGGCUGAGCAGAGGUGUGUGUGUGUGUGUGCGCGCGUUUGUGUGUGUGCGCGUGAGUGUGCAUGUGUUUGUGUGUGUGUGUGUGCGCACGUUUGUGUGUGUGCGAGUGAGUGUGCAUGUGUGUGUGUGCGUGUGUGUGAGUGGGGGGAGGAUGUUCAUAUCUGCUCAUGUGUAUGAUGUGCCUCUUUGCGAUGACACAGUAAAAAAUGUGGCUCUUAGUCUCUGACUGGUUGGCCACCCCUGCUCUAGCAUGUCGGAAGUCUUAUGGUGCGGAUGGAAUACCUCCCGAGCUAAUCAAGUGCGGAAACCAGCACUUCUGAAACCACUCCACGAACUCCUGUGUUGGUGUUGGAGAGACGGCAAAGUACCACAGGAUAUGAAGGACGCCAAGAUUGUUACACUGUACAAGAACAAGGGAGAUGGUAGUAGUUGUGAUAGUUACCGUGGUAUCUCUCUACUGAACGUAGUUGGCAAGGUCUUUGCCCGUGUUAUCCUUGCCCGCCUACAGGUCCUAGCUGACCGUGUGUAUCUGGAGUCGCAGUGUGGAUUCAGAAAAGCAAGAUCUACAGUCGACAUGAUCUUCUCAUUGCGCCAGCUACAGAAAAAAUGUCGAGAACAACGAACUCCACUUCAUAUUGCAUUCAUUGAUUUUACCAAAGCUUUUGAUUCGGUGAGCCGAAGUGGUUUAUUCCAAAUGCUGAAGAAGAUUGGCUGUCAUCCGCAGUUGCAUGAAAAUACGCAGUGCACCGUUAACUUCGACGGCACAUCAUCGGAACCAUUCAUCACAAAGAAUGGGGUGAAACAGGGUUGUACUUUGGCUCUAACAUUAUUUGGAAUAUUCUUUUCACAAAUGCUCAAGUUGGCAUUCAGUCAUUCUGAAGAAGGCGUCUAUCUUCAUACUAGGAGCGACGGAAAGUUGUUCAACCUAUCUCGCCUAAAGUGUAAAUCCAAGGUCCGCACCUUUUUGGUACGGGAACUGUUGUUUGCAGACGAUGCAUGCACCCUUAGUCGCACACACAGAGAGUGAUCUUCAACAAUUGAUGGACAGUUUUCCUAAUGCUUGUAAAGCAGAACAUACAGGUACCAGCGUCAAUCAGUGUCGAAAACAAUCAGCUUGAAGUUGUGGAUGAAUAUGUCUACCUGGGCUCAACAGUCGCCAGCAAUUUGUCACUGGAUGUUGAAAUCUCAAAGCGCAUAGGCAAAGCCUCCGCCGUUAUGGCUAAGCUUCACAAGCGAGUAUGGGGUAACCAAAAACUCACAGUGAACACCAAGCUCAAAGUGUACCAGGCUCGCAUCCUCGGAACAUUGCUGUACGGUAGUGAGUCAUGGACCACCUAUGCUCGCCAAGAGGACAGACUGGAAAAGUUUCACAUCCGGUGUCUACGUCGGAUUCUGGACAUCACUUAGCAAGAGCGCGGCACGAACACUUCGGUGCUGGAAAAGGCUGGUUCCCUCAGUAUGCAACUCCUGCUUUGUCAACGUCGAAUGAGAUGGCUUGGACAUGUGCGCCGCAUGAAUGAUGGAAGGAUCCCAAAAGAUUUACUCUACGUUGAGCUCGCUUCAGGACAUUGCCCGAUGCGUCGUCCAAUGCUGCGCUUUAAGGAUGCGUGUAAAAGAGACAUGGUUCUUACAGGUAUCGACACGAAGAAUUGGGAACUUCAAGCGAUGGAUCGUAAGUCCUGGUGCCAAGCCAUUCAUGAAGGAGUCAGGCAAGGCGAGGAAAAAAAAUCCAGCAUUUGGAAAGCAAGCGUGAACGCAGGAAACAGAGACAGGAAGCUCAGGCCCAAGAGCAACCAACUCAAUUCGUAUGUCCGGCUUGUGGGAGAGACUGUCAUGCCAGAAUCGGACUGCUGAGCCACUCAAGACGCUAUACUUUACUCCAGUGAUUCCAUGCCCAUGGCGCUACCAUUGUGUCUCGAGACAGACGGAUGCCAAAGGAAAGGAUAUGCCAGAAUGAUCGAUGCACAGCUGUGGAGCCCUUUCUGCGAGAUGCGUAAGAGGGUCUAACUCCCAGCGCCAAGGUUCCUGCUCUUAUACUACUCUGGGCCGACUUCCUGCAAGGAGGCGACUCUGCCUAGCCUUUGUGAUAAUGUGUGACCUUGUAGUCUUAACUGAGAGCGACUUCUACAUAUGUGCAAAGAGUGUCAUUGAGAAGAGAAAGCUAAUGAAGCAAGAGAAGGGUUACAGCGAUAAAACGGCAUAGCUCAAGCUACCUAGCUAAUCACAUGUGCCAAAGAGGCCUAUUCUAACAAUCCCCCUGUUUGAGUGACCUUACAGGUCACUCAACUAAACUUGAGCAUUUGAUAAAAAAUACCGUUUUUUUCCGUGUAUAGUGAGCCCCCAUGUAUAGUACGCACCCUAAGAAUGGCAUGCUGAUGCUGGAAAAAAGCUUGUACCCAUGUAUAAUACGCACCCAAUUUUUAUGAUUUUUUUUAAAUUUUUUAUUUUUUUUUUAAGUCCCAAUGAUCGUCACACACGCAGGGAGGCAAUGGGUCCCAUUUUUAUAGUCUUUGGUAUGGUCUUAACUAGGCUGGAUGUAAUUUUUUUUUGUUGGCGUUGAUUUCUCCGACUGCCCGUAAACGCACCACCGCGCUCCGUGCGCGCACGGGAAAGAGGCGGCUCUGUAUGGGAGAGACGUUGAAGAGGAAUAAAAACACCCUUGGAAACCAAAACUUGCCCCUCGUCGUGACUCGGAGCCGCAACAAAUGUUUCGGAUUUGUGUAGGGUACAUUGUGACAGACAGCAAACUAGCAGGUGAUCGAGCUUGCGUCUGAUACAAGAGCAUUGCGGUCGUAUGGAGUGUGUUUGAAGUGAACAGCAGAGACGAAAGGAACAAGGCAAAGUGUUGUGAAAUAAAAUAUUACCUGUAAUACGCAUUUUGUUAUUUGCUGAUUGAAACUGCUAAUUAAACUGUGAAUUGAAACUAAUAGGAAGAAAACAUAUCUCGCUCUUAAUAUAGCUGACGUGUCUUGCGCAUACGUUCUGCGCAUCUGUAAUGGCGGCCUCCGUAUGACGUCCGGUCCGCGAUGGAGAUUAAAAACAAACAAUAUUUGACAAUAACACACCAUCAAGAAUUGCACCAUCGCAUCAAACGAUGUGUCGUCAAUUAUGGAUUUUUUUGACUAAGUGUGUUGGGCAGGAUGGCUGAAUGCGAUGCGCGAUUGACAACAAACAAGAAGAAAGGUGAGUUUUAUUUCGGGGGAGAUUUGUCAUGUCUCGUCCCCAGUUUUGCUAUGUGUCUAGGUUGCCAUAGUUUCUGUUCGCGUCGCCCCUCUCUUCCUGUGUCACCUCAAUCGAUGUAACGUGUUUUGUAUUUAAGUCCUGUCUGCCCCUCGCUCACCGUCGGAUCAUUGCAUGUGUUACUGUCAUGAUGUGGUUUCUGUUCCUGUCUUUGGUAAUGUCACCCUGUCUUUUUGUUCUACGACUUUGUCGGUCAGUCCGGUUGUUGGUUUUGUUGUACCAUGAUUUUCUUUAAAAAGAAUAAAAAAUAAAAAAUGUGUACCCAUGUAUAAUGCGCACCCCAGAUUUUAGGACAAUAAAUUAUUUAAAUUUUGCGCACUAUACACGGAAAAAAACGGUAUGUAUGGUGAAUAAAUUAGCACCACUUCAACUCUUUGCAUAUCAUGUCCUUGUCCAAGCACAACAAAUUACAAAAUAAAAUAAUCCCAUAACCUCCUUUACAUAUCAGGUCAGCAUAUUCAAAAAUAUUACAACACUUUUCAACGUUUAACGUAUUACAAAUAGAAUAUCAUGCGUUAAAAAGUCACCAUUUGUUUAUUCCGCCCAACAAUGCCCUAUAUUAGAGCACCUUUUCCCUAAUGCAACCAAGCUCCUGUAAUUUCCCUUUCUAGCAGUCACCCAUUGAAGCUACUCAUCGCAGCUUUAUAAUUGAGCAAAAACUUAAUAUCUACUAAGCCACAGUUUGUUGUCAUCCCAAUUCUUAUGUCCACCAAAAGUUUCAAAUCACAAUGGCCAAAUUUGCUUUUACUUAGUCAUCAGGAGAGAAAUAUAUAAGGUGGAGAUUAGUGAAGCGGGGGGGUUGGUAAAAUAAAUUGAAAUAUGCGAAUGAAUGAACGAGAGAGAAGAAAAAUAAAAAUGCUUUGAAUACUUUUGAGUAGUAUUAGAUAAUAUGGACCCUGUAUAGCAACUGUAUGUAUAUUGGUUUUAAUAGGACAAAUUAAUAUUAAAAUUUGUCAGGUCUUAUUAGGAGAUAUAGUAUAUCAGUGGGCAGUGCUUAUGUCACUAGAAAGUCCUUAAUUAACUGAUCACUCAUCAGUUCCGCAAAAGAUUUGACUCAGUCCAGGUUCAUUGAUUUCUUAUGGGGUUAAUAAUCUCCUUUAUUGACCUUUAUUGUGACCAAUGGAAUCAUAACAAACAAAAUGUUAUUCAAAUAAAAUACCAACAGCCAAAGGAAAUAAAAUAAAAUACAACUUGUAGACAAAACAAACCAGCCAUACGUAUCGGCUGAAAGAAAACAGAGUGAAGCACAGUUAGUUGGAGGGUGUGUGAAAGGGGAGGGGAAUGAAUGAAUGUUUGUUUCAAACAUGUAAAUUAUACAUCAAUCAAUCAAAUGAAAAAUUAAAAAUAAGGUAACUAUGACUUUGUAGAAAUGCUGUAUACCAGUGGUCCCCAACCACCGGGCCGCGGACCGGUACCGGUCCGUGGGUCACUUGGUACCGGGCUGCCAAGCCGCACAGACAAAAAAAAAAAAAUUAUCGACGAUCAAUUAAUUCAGGUCAAGACACUCCUCCCGGUCACGUGACAUGUUUCCCCAGUCGAGCCCGCAAAGCUAAUAUGUGGCGACAGGCUAACUAACCAGGCAAUGAAGCAUUCAAAACGGCUUCAACACAUGGAGACCAAGCAUCCUGCAAUAAAAGACAAACCUUAAUAACUUCGGGUAACAUUGUCUCCGAUAACGUCUAGAUGGGGCCGGCUUGUUUCUGAGAAACAAACUCAGUGCUCCCACUAAUUCAACGUAAUGGUGAGUUUUAUUUUUGUCAUUUGUACUUGUUUUUAUGUCAGUCGUAUCAUUUUAUUUCAUCGUAUUUAUUUACAUAAAUGUAUCAUUUAUUUAUAUAAAUGCCAGUCCGCGAAAAUAUUUCUGACAUGUAACCGGUCCGUAGCGCAAAAAAGGUUGGGGACCACUGCUGUAUACAAUAUACUGCACAAAGUGGGCAGAGUUUACUUGUCUAUAAAGGAGUGGGAAGAAGUAGGAUUUAUUUAAUUCAACCCUAUGCAAUUUAAGACAAAAAUAACAAUACACAGGGAUGAGAAUCUUCCGUGGAUCCGCGGAUUUCCGUGUUUUUAUCCGUCGGGAGUAUCAUUUUUGUGAAUCGUGUAGAUCCGUUGAGAAAAUAUUUUUUAUAUGGGGGGGCAAGUCGAACGGGAUCAGGAACUGCUUCGGAUGGGCAUGGCUCGAGAGCAUCGUCAUCUUACAACUCGGAACACCAGCUCAGUGGCCUAGUGGUAGAGUGUCCGCCCUGAGACUGGAAGGUUGUGGGUUCAAACCCUGGCCGGGUCAUACCAAAGACUAUAAAAAUGGGACCCAUUGCCUCCCUGCUUUGCACUCAGCAUUAAGUGUUGGAAUUGGAGAGUUAUGAUUCCCGAGCGCGGCACCGCUGCUGCUCACUGCUCCCUUCUCAGGGGAUGGAUCAAAAUCACAUGGGGAUGGGUUAAAUGCAGAGAAAAAAUUUCACCACACCCAGAUGUGUGUGUGACGAUCAUUGGGACUUUUUAACAUUAACACAAAGACGCUCUUAAAGCAAUGCGACAGUGAGCGCCCGGCGCGCUACGGUUGCGCGAUCGGACUAAAUUAAGCUCCCUACGCACCAAGGUCCACUUAAAUUUUGGAAAGUACACCGGGACUUUAAAAAUAUUUUCUAAAUUUCAGCGACGGCUCUGUCACAAUAAUGCGAUCAGCGCGGUGCAGUUGCGCGGUCGGCGCCGCGCUACGUUUGCACAUAUGGCGGUUCGCUGCAGUUGCGUGAUCAGACAAAAUUAAUCACCCUGCGUUCUUAGGUCCACUUAAAUUUUGGAAAGUACAUCAGGAGUUUAAAAAUAUUUUCUAAAUUUCAGGGACGGCUCUGUCACAAUAAUGCAACGGUUGGCGACCCGCUACGGUUGCACGUUCGGUGGUGCGCUGCAGUUGUGCGAUCGGACAAAAAUGCGUAAAUGAAAAAAUGCUUAAAGUCUUGGAACGGAUUAAAAAAAAUUCCAUUAUUUGUAAUGGGAAAAAUAGAUUCGGAAUUCGACCGAUUCGCUUCUCGAACCGCCUUCUGGAACGGAUUGUGGUCGAAAAACGACGCUUGACUAUAUUAUAUUCACCUCGGUAGCCCACCAAGCAGGUAUAUUUUUUUAACAAAACUGUUGAAAUUGAGUGAUGAAAUUAAUGGUUUUCGGGUUGCUACACUGCCAAAAUCCAGGAGUUUCCAGAGAGCUUUUCCCCCUGAGCCCCCUCCGGGGCGUUGACCCUGGCCCUCUGCGGCCCCCACUGGGGCCCCCAGACCCCAGCUACUUUUCAGUGUUUUUUUCAUUUGCCGUUCUCAUCCCUGAAUACAAUCUUUAGUUACCUCUAACAGUUGUUACUUUACCUAUUAUUGUCCAUGACUUUCACAUGAACAGAAGAUAAAAAUGCAGACUAUGCAAUUUCAAUGUGGUUAUAGCUCAUAAGUUUCAAUUCUUUAAAGGUUUAAAUGGAUGGUUCACCCUCCUCAGUGGAGUCCCAGCAUCCCUAUUAGGGAUAUUCAACUCGAUUCAUUUAUGGUUGAUGAUUCUGCGCUGAAGGCAAAAAAUGUGGGUUCGGUGGCUGAUAUGCUGAUAGGGUGUAUGUAGGACCUGGAUUAUUUUGGGGUUCCCCAUAUGUCAAUGCUGGUAGUGGUUUUGGUGGGGGCAGUGGUUGUCUGUUGAAAUAAUGGCAGUGAACUAGCCUAGCUUCGAGCUAUGUGUCCAUUCUGAUUACACACAACAUUGGUAGUUUUGAUAUGGACUGUAAUAUUCAUAAAAUUGAUUCCUGUUGUUUGAAAUUUUACCUCUGCCUUUCCCACGGCCCUGCACAUGGCUCCCCUGGCCAUUAUAGUUAAGAGUUACUUUGCCGAUCCUCAGUUUGUGUCAAUUGCAAUCUUGAACCAUCCUUCUCUUUUUACUCAAGUUGUUCCUUCAACACUCGCAGCUGCAUGUUUUUUUUUUCUCGAUCAAGGUUCUCAUCCUGUUUAUAUUCCUCCUCCUGCCUCUCAUCACAGCAAUUUAAAAAAUGGCACAAAUGCUUUCCCCAGCUAUUCUGAGACAAUGAGUCUGGUUCCACAAUGCCAUAUAAUGCAUCCUGUAUCUUUUUUGGUUGGGAUUUGUUAAUUGCCUGCUUCAUCAGUGUGCCCGACAAUGGAUAGUCACCCGUCUGAGCCAAACACGUUCGAAAUACUUGGCAGGGUUUUCCCCCUUCUCACGCCCUACUUCACCCAUAGCCUUGGUAGAGGGCCUGGAAGGGUACAUCAAGUAAAUUGCAUUCCACACACGUUGAGAAAUGGGGGAGAAAGGGUGACUGUCCCUCAAAUCUGCAGUGUUAGCCUGCCUCUCAAGAACCUGCAAAUCUCCCAGUGCCAAAUGUGCUAAAAGACAUAUACGUACAUCUCCCAGUGCAGCGUUUGUAGGCAGAACCAGUUUACAAAAAGCCGCAGCCCAUUUUGUUCCUCCUUCCGAAGGAGAGGGCAAUUGGCUACGCAAAAUAUUAGCUUCAGUCAACGAAAGAGGAUUAUUUUGUGUCAAAUCCGCACUUAUCGACUGUAAGUGACCCGACCCUCCGUUUAAAGUAACGCAGCCCUCAUAGGGAGACGAGAGUUUCCAUGUCGGGGUGGGGAAAAAUUCGUCUGAGUCUAACCGCCUCUAAGAUAUCAAUUCGGACAGAAUUAAUUUAUUCUUUUUAGGACGCCAAUCCCUUUAAAGUCACUCUGAAACCGGUGCAGAGUAACCACUUGAGGCCCGGAAUCAAGAUGACCGUGCCCUUUUUACCAGUGGCUCCUUCCCCAUUUUUUAUUUGAAGCAUUUGUUAUCGCUCGGAUAAAUUUAUCUGUCUUUGGUAAGACCGAAGGGAUUCCUUGAUUUACUAGAGCGCACUCGGCCUAGCUGAGCUCAAGAUAACUCCUUCGAACCAGAUCUGACAAUUCCUGAUGUUAAGGAUUCAAGCUGUCUUCACUUUAAAAAGAAUUGAACGGAUUUAAAGAAUGACUAUGACAGGGAAAUAAAGAAAUUUUAAAGUUCUAAUUACUGCAUAUAAAACCAUGCUCAACAUAGUUCAUAUGAAAUAAUUGAUAACCGAAUUAAGGAUUAAGUAGAGAUUUAAUGAAUAAGCAAGGAAAAAGAAUUACAAAUCGAAAAAAAACAACACUCACCCUUCUCAGAACAAAAGAGGAAACAAAAGGUCUAAAAUCCUAUUUGGUUGAACAAGUCGAGUGAUCAGCUCUCCUUUUUUUCCAAAAUCCAAAUUCUGUUUGAAAUAGAAGGAAAGGUCUGGCCAUGAGGAGAUUAGCCAACGCCGUAACAUUGGCGUCUUUCCCUUUCUGCCUGAAGCGUCUGUCUCCUCUGCCUUCCUCGAAGCUUAAAAUUUGACAAAGUCCAAUUCGAAGACUCUAGAAAUUCAUUUUAGUAGAUUUUGGUUCAAUCUCAAAAAGAAUGAAAGAUCCAUCUUCGUCUAAACGGCGUUCUUUACUCCGGGCAGCGUCACGGCCAUCGCCCUGACUAGGAAGAACCGCCUUGCUCUGUGUCAGGACAUCAUAUUUAUAGGCUUCUGGCAUUACCUCAUCUAUGUAUAUGUAGGUGAAAGGUCAGAAUCCCUGCACCAGGUCAUAAGAAUAUCUAGGUGAAAGUUCAGAAUCCCAGCACCAGGUCAUAGUAAUAUCUAGGUGAAAGGUCAGAAUUCCUGCACCAGGUCAUAAAAAUAUCUAGUUGAAUAUCUGGUCGAUUCCAAUAGUGUAACAAACAACCUCUUUUGUCUCCCCACAACUUACCGUUUUUUUCCGUGUAUAGUGUGCCCCCAUGUAUAGUACGCACCUUAACAAUGGCAUGCUGAUGCUGGAAAAAAGCUUGUACCCAUGUAUAAUACGCACCCAAUUUUUAUGAAUUUUUUUAAAAAAAAAUUUUAAUUUUUUUUUUUUUUUUUUUUUUUUUAAGUCCCAAAGAUCGUCACACACGCAGGGAGGCAAUGGGUCCCAUUUUUAAAGUCUUUGGUAUGGUCUUAACUAGGCUGGAUGUCAUUUUUUUUGUUGGCGUUGAUUUCUCCGACUGCCCCUAAACGCACCACCGCGCUCCGUGCGCACACGGCGGCUCUGUAUGGGAGAGACGUUGAAGAGGAAUAAAAACACCCUUGGAAACCAAAACUUGCCCCUCGUCGUGACUCGGAGCCGCAACAAAUGUUUCGGAUUUGUGUAGGGUACAUUGUGACAGACGGCAAACUAGCAGGUGAUCGAGCGAGCGUCUGAUACAAGAGCAUUGCGGUCGUAUGGAGCGUGUUUGAAAUGAACAGCAGAGACGAAAGGAACAAGGCAAAGUGUUGUGAAAUAAAAUAUUACCUGUAA